AUGACUGUGUCUUGGACAGAUGAGUUAAACGAAGAUUCGGAAUUGCCUCCUAUUGAAGAAAAGUUCGAUCCAGAGCGUAACAUCAAAACUGUCGUACGAUAUUUCUACAAUGAAGACGGUGAUUUGAUCAAGGAAACUAAGGAAUAUCAAAAAGAAAAACGUGUUGUUGCUUCACGAGUAGCAGACAGGAAAAAAUGGAGAAAGUUUGGUGCUUCAAAAUCUGAUCCUUCUGGUGGAAAUUUAGCCAAUACGUACCCAGCCGAUGUAGUUACCAUGCAAAUUGUUCAAUCAAGACAGCCUGAACAAGAGCAAAAAAGACAGGAAGAGAUGAAUGUGAAAAUAAAACUUGGAGAACCUGUGAUUGUUUGUAAUUAUUGUAAAGGUGGACAUUUUACUCGUACUUGCCCGUACAAAAGUGAUAUGGAAGCAAUGCAAUUGUUACAGGAACAACUUCGUGCUAAAACGGAACCUACAGAAGAAACAACUAAAGAUUUACAAAACGAUCGUUCUGGACGUUACAUCCCACCAUCAUUACGUGGUGAUGCAGCCAAUACUACUGGGUCCAGUAUGUCAACCGACAAACGUCCAUUCGAUGAAAAUACUGUACGUGUUACUAAUUUACCUCCAGAUACAACUGCAGAUGAAUUGAAAUCAGUUUUCAGUGCAUUCGGUCACGUAAUGCGUAUUUACCCAGCAAAAGAUAAAUUGACACAACAAAACAGGGGAUUCGCCUUUAUAUCGUUCAGAACUGCGGAAGAGGCGAAAAGUGCAAUCUACGGUGUUAAUGGUCUUAGACAUAAUCAUGUCGUUUUAAAAGUUGAUUGGGCAAGACCUUCGAAUAAUUAA